UGCAGUCAAAUGUUGGAAAGAAAUCGAUAGAUUUCGAUUUGGGUUAAUAAUAUAGACUGAGGACUUAUCUAUUUCAGUUAUUUUGCACAAGGAACUUAUUUUACUUGAUUUCUUUGCUGCUGUUUGUUUGUAGUCUCUGUCUUUUCUAUUUUCUGGAAUCACGCAUUCAAUUCAAUUGGUACUCAAUUUGAUUCUUAAGGCGCUAUUCUGAGUCUUUGAAAGCUUUGAUUUGUACUUUUUCUGGUGUAUGAGAUAUUAAGAUUUAUAUGUAAGAAUAUUAUGAGAGCUUUAGGGUUUGGUAUUAUCUAUUCUUAAUGGAAACCCACAACACAUCAGAAAAGAUUUGUGUUUAGGUUGUACAAUUUGAGACCCUUUUGACCAUUACUAUGUCAUAGAGAGAGAAAUACAUCUAAGAGCCCUUGAAUCAGUUUUUCAGUUGUGAUGUUUUGUAUUAGCCCUAAAACAUAGUCAACCAAAUCUGGUUGUUUGAUUUAACGUAUGUGAAAUGGAGAUUUCCUACCAAGUAUUGAUGUUGGCAAUCUAUCUAUUUAUAAGGUGUAUUUGGCAUGGACGAUGCAAAAUUUCCAAAUGGAUUUUGGAAGAUUGACUUGGAAUAUCAAAGCUUCCAAAGAUAGAUAGUCCUUACACUUUCUUUCAACUGUACCAUUUUGUUGAGGAGAAGGGGUACAAUUUGAGGCUCUUUUGACCAUGACUAUGUCCUAUAGUUUAAUACAUCUAAAAGCCCUGAAUCAAUUUUUAUCUUUGUGAGGCUUUUUAAUAGCACUAGAACAUAGGCAACUAAAGAUCUUGAAUUGACUGAAAAAUCUGUCUGUUUGUAUAACGUAUGCGAAAUAGAGAUUUCCAUCCAAGUAUGGAUGCAAUCUAUCUAUUUAUAAAGGAUUACUGUUUAUAUGAACCUCAUGUGUGUACAAGAAUAUGCUGAAAAUUAUGUGAAAUGUAAGAAGAGCUAACAACUAAAAAUGGGGUUCUUGAAUGUUUUGCCUUGGGGACAUAUUUCGUAACACUUUAUUGAAUCAUUCAACUGUAAAUCUGUCUUUUUAUAAUUAGAAUAUUUUGUAAGACUUGAAACGAUGAAUGACCAAGCUUCUUGCGCCAAAUACAAGAGAUAUCAUUUAUUGUUUUAUGUGAACUAGACUUCAUAUGUUCUGCCUUGACAUCUAAACAAUCUAGCAAAUAUAAACUCCCAUAUUGUCUUCCAACAACCAGUGUCCUGAAAUGAAAACAUAUGCAACAUUGAUUAGUUUUAGCUUCUGGUUAAGUGAGUGACACUGAACCAACAUGUGUAACCUAUUUUACAGUUCCGUCAAGCAAAUGAACAAGCAUUUGUUCAUUGGAUGGUUUAAUUUCAUCAUAUCUCGAUUGCAACUUGCUCUGAUGUCUAUCAUUUUGCUCAUUUCAUCAUUGAAACACAAGUGGGAGACCUAAUGCUUUUGAGUUGCUCUGAUGUCCAUCGAUACAAAGUUUUUGAGAAACACUAUAGUAUAAGUGUAUGAAAGAAGAUGUUGUUGAUGAAGCCGACUAAUGUUUGUUGUUCUCCUAUGGCUCCUUUGUAAGGCACAAAGCUUAUAACUUAUUAGCCAAGUAAUAGGAGCCUUUGUAUUCGAGUAAACAUCUAGCUUAUUGAAAUGAUCAUAAGGUUCAGGCUAGCUACCAUGGGUUUGAAAUGCCAAAGCCUCAUAGAAUCUAGGUAUUCCCUUAAGUUCUUACACAAUGGCCCCGAUACCUUAGAAGAGCUACUUGACAGGCAUGUAGUAAAAAAGGAAACCUAUGACGAUGACGAUGACGAGAAUGAGUUGUUGAUUCGGCAAAGGCUAACAGGAACUCGACGUGAGGCAUUUAAUCUCUAUCGCGAUAUAAUUAGGGCCACUCGGUUCUUCACAUGGCCAGAUUCGAGAGGUGUGCUUUGGCGUGAUGUUUUGAGAGAAAAUGCAAGGAAGGAGUUUGAGGGGGCUCGUUUUGAGAAGGAUCCUGAGGUUAUAACUCGGUUGUUGAUUGGCGGGCAUGAUGCUGUUCAAUCGGCGAUAGAAAAGCUCAUUGAGAAACAACAGAAACAGAUUGAGAAGGAAAGACGAGAUAAAGAUCAUUGAUGAGUCUCACGGGAUGGGAAGAGAAUGAAAAUUUGAAAGAUGAUGAGCUCCCAUGAAUGCCUGCAAAAAGGUAUAUAGCUUCCUUUUGGGUACAAUUGAAAAUCAACUUUGUAAUAAAAUGUUGUAUAAAACAAGUGUAUCCUCUUUUAGGAUACAAUGAAGUUUCGAAACUAUCUUGAAAAUCAACGUGUUAUACUAAGUGGAAGUAAUUGUCUAUUUAUAGCACACAAGGAUGAGAGUGCGAAGAACUUUCAAGCUCGUGAUGAAAUUUUAUGUUGAAAUUGAUCUUGUUAUUCAGUACAAGAUUUGUU